AUGAAGCCCAGCAGAAGGAAGCAGGGAGUUCUCAGAAGAGCAAAGUCAGACCGGCCGCAGGAGAGUAGCAGCAGUGGGGACAGCAGCGAUAGUGGUUCUGAUUCCGACUCCAGCUCCGACCUCAUUGGCCCCCCCAUCCCCUCCAAGCUUGCUACCCACGGAGAUCCCGACGACAUUGUGGGCCCCCCACUUCCUCCGGGGUACAGAGGCAGUUUGGCGGACGAUGAUGAUGACGAGGAAGACAUGCAGGACGAAGACGAUGACAACCCAGUCAAAAGAAUUCCAGACACGCAUGAAAUCACACUGCAGCAUGGCACAAAAACGGUAUCCGCUCUGGGCUUGGACCCCUCGGGUGCUCGGCUGGUUACCGGGGGAUACGACUAUGAUGUGAGAUUUUGGGACUUUGCCGGGAUGGAUGCUGCUCUGCAGGCUUUUCGAUCCCUGCAGCCCUGUGAGUGCCACCAGAUAAAGUCCCUGCAGUACAGCGUCACGGGCGAUGUCAUCCUGGUGGUUGCAGGCAGUGCUCAGGCUAAGGUCCUGGACCGGGAUGGCUUCCCGGUUCUGGAGUGCGUGAAGGGGGAUCAGUACAUCGUGGACAUGGCCAACACGAAGGGUCACACUGCAAUGUUGAACAGUGGCUGCUGGCAUCCAAAGAUCAAGGAAGAGUUCCUGACGUGCUCAAACGAUGGUACGGUGCGUACCUGGGACCUGAACUCGGAGAAGAAGCACAAGUCCGUGUUCAAGCCCCGCUCCCUGCAGGGUAAGAGGGUCACCCCCACCUGCUGCUCCUACAGCCGGGACGGAAAGCUCAUCGCGGCCAGUCGUGAGAGCAGGAGAGAGGACGCUGUGUACACUUCAGGCUCCGCCUCCUGCAUCUCAGUCCAGAUCAAGACCGUCUCCCGGGGGCCGAGGCCUGCCCAUGAGCAGGUCAGCGCAGGACGACACUUCAUCAACGUGAUUAAUCUGGAGGACGAGGAUCUGCUGGAGCACCUGCCCUCCCGCCAGGCUUCUGCCUCCCCGACCGGGCCGACCUCCACCCCCGUCUCCCCCCACACCCACCGGCCUGGAGCUCCUGGCCCAAAUCACACCUCCACUGAGCAAAUGACUGUGGAGACUGUGCUCGACACACAGCUGGGUCUGCACGCCUCCUAUCUAUUGCCGUGUGUUACACCCGUCUACAAGGCACAGCUUCGCUCUCCUCUCAGCCUCCCCAACUCUUCGCGUCUCGGUCUGGGCCUCAGGGACUCUUUGGGCCUCAGUGUGAGCUUCAGGGACGUGGAGGAGCAGAGCACCAGCAGCAGGGGUGGUGUGGGAAGAUCAGCAGACGCUUUUGAUUCCAUGAUGGAAAGGUCUGGAAAGUUUUCAGACGGGCCUCUGGACCUGAGUGACACGGGCGACACCCUGACAGAGUUGGGCGGGCUGAGAGGUGCCUCCACCUAUUCACUCGGCCCAUCAGACUCACUGAGAGACAGGUUUCUCAGACGGGGUGAGCAGAACAACAUGGGGGUGGAGGAGGAGGAGCAGCGAGAGGAACUGCGGGCAUGGAUGAAGAAGAAGCAGAAAGAAAGGAUUGCAGAAUACCGCAGACAGAGGGAGGAGAAGAGAGAGCAAGAGCACCGGCCCUUCACACCUUCGUCCACUCAGAAUCUGACCUCCAGAGAUCUUUCUACCAACAAGAAAAUGAAGGAAAAGAAGGAAAAGACAUUGCUGCUGGAACACCACACCCUCAGAGCCCGAGAGGCCUGUAGCUUGAUUACAGAGCUGCUCAAGCCGUCCCCAGCCCUGCCCACCCUCACCAAGGCCCAGCCCUCACAAAGCACCAAUCAGAGCAGCCGCAGGCCCAAGGCCCACCCCUCACAAAGCACCAAUCAGAGCAGCCGCAGGUCAGCAGCUUUCUGUGCCGUAGAGGAGGAGAAUGAUGACGAGCAGCUCCUGAGCCCAUGGAACCCUCCUCUGGAGAUCCGACGCUUGCUUGGCCUGGACAACCAGGGCUCUGUGGAAGAGCGGAGUGGAGCUCCAGGGAGUGGAGCUGGAGUCUGGCUGAAGGGGCUGGACAGGGACUCCCCCUCUGAGAGCACUGGCAGUAUCCUCAGCAAACUGGACUGGACCGCCAUCGAGAAGAUGGUGGCCGAGGAGGACCAAGUCUGA